AUGUCCAACUCAAUGAAUGGCCAGGAAAAUUCAUCAACAGAGGCUGCCGUGAGCCAAUUACCACCAUCUCACACCGAGACAAUAUCAUCACCGACAAGCACACCCAUCAAGAUCAUCAACUCACCCACAAUAGAAGAUGGUGAUGAUGAUUUUGCUUUCUCUGUUGUGAGCCGUCACGGAAGUAUCAGCGGCAACAACAAACUGGAGUCACCAAUAAAUUUUCCAAACACUUCACAAGAUCAAGCCUUCCUAACAACAAGAAAGCCUGAAACGAUACGAGAGGAUGAUGAAGAAGCUGCAGCAUUCUCACAAAUUAUUUAUAACGAAGAGGAUAGUACCACAACUACUGUGGAUCCAUAUGCAGUGAACGGAGCUAUCAAACCUGAAUUGAAUGAUGAAGAAAAGGAUUUACAAACAGGUGCUUCGCGUUCCGAAGGAUUAUCCGAGUCAUCAUCAACAACAGAUGUUGCAGAGGAUGAGAACAACGACGAUAGAAAUAAUUAUAAAACCUCAUCACCAAAAACUCCGUUUUCAAAGAAUGAAAUUAUCAGCUUGGAGAACAGUAAUAGCUCCUCUCCUGCUAGUAUGGAUUUUCCAAUUUCAUCAAUUAUAAUCAAUAAUUCAAAAUAUUCAGACAACAAUGCAAACAUUACCAUCAUACGGGAAGAAAAACCAAAAUAUAUGAAACAUUCAGACGAAGAUCAAACACAAGAAAGAUGGAAACAACACCAAAAACACAUUUUCAUAUUGAGUGAUGCCGGUAAGCCAAUAUUUUCUCGGUACGGAGAUGAAAAUCAAUUGAAUACCAUCAUGAGUUUUUUCUUGGGAAUUGUUUCAAUUGUUUCGCGGGAGGGAGGAACGGUGAGAACUGUGAAUUGUGGAAAAUUAAGAUUUAUUUACGUCUUGAAAGGCUCUUUAUUUUUAGUGUCAGCAUGUAGAACAUCAGAGUCCAAUAAGGAGGUUGCUAAACAACUCGAAACAAUUUAUGAACAGCUUGUAUUCAUUCUCACAUCAAAAAACAUUCAAGACAUUUUACAGAAACGUUCCAAUUUCGACCUACGAAAUUUAUUGGGAGGAACAGACAAAAUUAUUUACUCUCUCAUUAACAGAAUGAGUAAUUCUUUUGAUUUUUCAUUUGACACUACUCAUGUAUUGAGGUUACCGAAAUCAUUAAGAGCUCAGAUUGGAGAUAUUAUGAUGAAGAAUAGGGUGCAAGCCAAACUCAUGUUCUCUCUCAUGAUUUGUGAUAACAUGCUUAUUCACAUGAUCAGAAAUAAGAAGUAUAACAUGAGAACCAAAGAUUUAUUAUUAUUAAUGAACUUUGUAGGGUCAGCACACUCCUCCAUGAAAAGUAGCGAAACAUGGACUCCAAUUUGUUUACCAGGUCUUUCCGAAACUCAAUACGUGUAUGGUUAUAUUUAUUACUUUACAGAGAAUUGGUGCUAUGUCAUGAUAUGUACGAGCACAGAGUCAUUCUUCGAUUGUCAAGAGUCUCAAACACACACUGUACAAGAUUUAUUACAGACCGAAUGUUUUCCCACAGUAGUUAAUGCAUCCAAGUCACCCUACCCUACUCUUUCAGAAAUAUUUAACCAAAAAUCACCUCUUUUGCAAUCACCACCUUUAACCAUCGACGAUCUAUCACUUCCUCAAUCCUAUGUCCGUCACUUCUCUUGUAGAAUGAAGAGUACUAACCAAUCAUUUAGCCAAACCAUUUCUUCCAAAUUCAUCCCACCUUACCACACCCAAAAAGAACGCAAAAGACUUUUGAGAUUAUACAAAUUGACCAGAGAAAAGCUUGAAGAAAUACCACAAAAGAGCAUUGGCUCUCAAGUCAGAACUAUGGUUGAGACCACAUCUUAUGAAUCUAUCAUGGGAAUGUGGGUUGGAAAUCUUGAAAUUUAUGCAACAUUUUCUCUACUGGCCACCAAAGCUGACAUGCUCAAUGCUUGUGAAGUCAUCAAAACAUGGGUGAAAAAAGAAGAGAAUUCACUUUUUAUCCCCAACAUUCAGACCUUUUAA